AUGCUGUUAAAGGCUUCAAAGAUGAAUCUGUGUCUGCUGACAGUUCUAGUAUUAUUAAAUACUGUAAAUUGUACAGAGAUUAAUAUUAAAAGUCACUGGAAUGGUGGUUUUAAUGGUAAAUUCUGUAUUGAUGUGGUUAAAGAACUCCAUUCCUGGAAAGCUCAUCUGGUUUUUGAUAAGAGUGUUGAAAGUUUAGAUGUAUGGACUGCCACCCUUUCCCACACCUCCGCUGAUAAAAAAGAAUUUAUCUUAACAAACAAACCAUGGAAUGCAGAAGAACAUGUUGGUGAUCAGAUUUGUGUGGAGUUUGUUGGUCACACUAGUAGUGAUAUCAAUCCUAAAGCUCGGGCGUAUAUUGAAGGCAUGGACAGUAAGGGUGGGAAGAUCACAUUUCCUACAACACCUGGUGGUUAUUCCGGAACUACUAAUCUUCCUAAUGGUGGUAUACCGGGAACUUUAAAGGUCUAUAACGACUGGGGGGCAAGAUUUGAAGGUGAAUUUACAUUUGCUGUAAACGAAAACGUUGAAGGUUGGAUGGUUGCAAUUACAUUUGACAGACCGGUUUCUAAAAUGGAUCUGUGGACUGCUGAUGUACAUUCUAAAUCAUCUGAUGGUAAAAAAUGGGUUGUAGUCAGUAAACCAGACAGAGAAUUUGUGACUGCUGGUCAAUCAGCUAAAGUCAGAUUCUUUGCUAAUUAUGCUUCUGUUAGUGGUGGAAAAGCUCCAGCUGCUGUUGGUAUCUUCACUAAUCUAGGUAUAGACAAGCGAAAGGUUCCAUCAUUGCCCAACCAUGAUUGUACCAAAUAUAACUACGAUGAUGUAUUGUAUAAAUCAAUUCUAUUUUACGAGACUCAGAGAUCAGGGAAACUUCCUGCUAAUAACAGAAUACCAUGGCGAGGUGAUUCGGCUUUAAAAGAUGGUAGUGAUGUCGGUGUAGAUCUUACUGGUGGAUGGUACGAUGGUGAUUCAGCUAUAAAAGAUGGUAGUGAUGUCGGUGUAGAUCUUACUGGUGGAUGGUACGAUGCUAUAAAAGAUGGUACUGAGGUAGGUGUAUAUCUUACUGGUGGAUGGUAUGAUGCUAUAAAAGAUGGUACUGAGGUAGGUGUAUAUCUUACUGGUGGAUGGUAUGAUGAUGGUAGUGAUGUUGGUGUAGAUCUUACUGGUGGAUGGCAUGAUGCUGGUGAUCAUGUCAAAUUUGGUUUUCCAAUGGCCUAUUCCUCUGCUAUUUUAACAUGGGGUUUAUUGGAAUGGAAAGACGCAUAUGUCAAGAGCGGUCAGUUGAAAUGGCUGUAUGAAAGUAUUAAAUGGCCACUAGAUUAUUUCCUUAAAUCCCAUACUGGUAAAAACGAGCUCUACGUCCAGGUUGGCGACGCUAGUGCUGAUCAUAGUUUUUGGGGACGACCUGAAAGUUUAAAAAUGGCUAGACCAGCAUAUAAAAUAACUGCUAGCAAACCUGGAACUGAUGUAGCUGGAGCAACUAGUGCUGCCUUUGCAGCGGGCCACCUAGCAUUCAAGGAAAAGGAUCCAAAAUAUGCAGCAAAGUUACUGCAACAUGCUAAGGAAUUGUAUGAUUUUGCUAUGACCCAUAAAGGUGUGUAUUCGAGCAGUGUACCAGCUGCAGCCGGCUAUUACAAAUCAACCAAUAUAACUGAUGAAAUGUGUUGGUCAUCGUUGUGGAUGUAUAGGGUUACUAAAGAAGCUAAAUAUUUAACUGAAGCUGAGAAAUGGUUUCAGCCUGGACCAGCUUGGGGAAUGUCAUGGGAUGACACACAAGCAGCCAACCAGCUCUUGCUGUACAAGUUUACCAAGAAAGAUAUUUAUAAACAAGCUGUAGAAGAGACGUUCAAAUAUUGGAUGCCAGGUGGAACUAUCAAGUAUACUCCAAAAGGUUUAGCAUGGAGAUUACAAUGGGGAUCCCUCAGAUAUUCUUCUAAUAUGGCGUUAAUAGCCUUGAUGGCUGCUGAUGAAGGUUUACAUCCUGAAGAAUAUAGAAAAUGGGCGAUGAGUCAAAUUCACUAUGCUUUAGGAGAUACUGGCUUUAGUUUUGUAAUUGGUUAUGGAAAGAAUUACCCACAUUCUCCACAUCAUCGAGGAGCAUCUUGCCCCUUACCACCAGCACCUUGUGGACCAUUUGUAAUGUCCAGUAAACAACCGAAUGUUCAUACAUUACAUGGUGCUUUAGUUGGUGGUCCUGAUUCUGAUGGUAGUUAUCAAGAUUCCAGACAAAAUUACAUCAACAAUGAAGUAGCUACAGAUUAUAAUGCAGGUUUUCAAUCAGCUGUAGCAGGUUUAAAGAGUCUGGUUAUUAAAAAGAAACAUCCAGAACAGACUAGUGGAUCAUCUUGUAGUUCUUAA